UCGCGUCGCAGAAACCCAAGCCAUCUGACAGCCCCGGGGGCGGGAGUUCCAGCCUUUUUCUCUUUCGCUCGCUCUCUCCCCCUCCACCCCCUCCCCUCCUCCUCCUCUUUCUCCAAAUGGAGAGAGUUCUUUUUUUUCUUCUUCCAUCUCAUCUAUUGAGUCAAGGAGCUGCUGCGGCCGCUGCCCGCUGCACACACACAGAGCAGAGUCCCCAGGUCCCGGGAGCGAGAGAGGCGCGCGGCGCGGGGGCAGAAUGGUCCAGCGGGUCGGUGAGGAGAACAAGAAAGCAGAGUCCGGGACCAAGCAGCCACCGCGAACCCAGCAGUCCGAGAACGAGCAGCCGUUUCAGAAGCCACCACCGCCAACCCCAGCCGCAGCAGCAGCGGGAGCAGCAGCAGCGGGAGCAGCAGCUGCCCCGGCCCGGCAUCGCUGAGACCCGCCGGGCACCGUCGCGUCGCCGGCAGCGGGCGCCGAAGGAGCCAGCGCGAGUGGCGGGGGUCUGCGCGCGCCUUCUGCCGUGAAGGGGUCGCGGCGUGGGGCGGGGACGUCUGGGGGGACUUGGGGACCGCUAGGCGUGCCCUGGAAGCGCCGGCUCUCGCCUUCCCGCGAGCUGGAUGUGGGCAGCGGCGGCCGCAGAGACCUCGGGACCCACGCGCAAUGUGGCAAUGGAAGGCGCAGGGUCUGAGUCCCCGGCAGCGGCCACGGCCGCAGCGCCCGCAGCGCCCGCCGUGUGAGCGGCAGCAGCGGGUCUGUCACCCGGAGCCGGAGUCCCCGGCGGCCAGCAGCGUCCUCGCGAG